AUGGAAUUCUAUAGCGGAACCCAUGAGAGUUUCUUUGAUGAAGAACAGAAUACUCCAAAAUCACCUACUCCCCUUUCCUUCAAAACCCAUCAUCAGCUAAAUAUCUCGGAAAUCGACAAGGAAUGCAGUUCGCCAAGGCCCUUGUCGCCCAUAGACCAGCUCCCACCCCAAAGCCCUGAGUCACCAUGGACACUCUCUCCUCUCCAUCCUUCCCCUUCUCUUCUCUUCCAGUGUCUCACUUCACUCUACCGUCACGACGGCAACAUCUUCUCCAUCGCAGUCCUGAGGGAUCUUGUGUUCACAGGAUCUGAGAGUAGCCGUAUUCGCGUCUGGAGAAAACCAGAAUGCAUGGAGCGCGGCUAUAUCAAGGCAAAGUCGGGUGAAGUUCGUGCCCUUUCAGCUUAUGCUAACAUGCUUUUCUCGACUCAUAGAGACCACAGAAUUCGUGUGUGGAGCAUUUCGUUAUCUGAUAAAUUUCGUUCUAAGAAGAUCACAAGCUUACCUCGACGGAACUCGUUUCUUUUGUUCCCAAGGUCCAAGUUCCAACAACACCACAAGGAUUGCAUCUCUUGUCUUGCUUAUUACCACGCUGAAGGGAUUCUGUACACAGGUUCGUGGGACAAAACCGUUAAAGCUUGGAGGAUGUCAGAUAGAAAGUGCGUUGAUUCAUUUAUGGCACACGAAGACCACAUCAAUGGAAUUGUGGUUAACCAGGAAGACGGAUGCGUUUUCACCUGCUCAUCCGAUGGGUCUGUCAAGAUUUGGAGGAGGGUGUUCGGGGAGAGCUCACACACGCUCACCAUGACUCUCAAGUUCCAACUGUCGCCCGUGAACGCCUUGGCAUUGAGCAGGUCUCCCGACGCUAGUUUCCUCUACUCGGGCUCCUCCGAUGGAUUCAUCAACGUCUGGGAGAAGGAGAAGGUGUCUGGUAGAUUUAACCAUGGAGGAUUUCUUCAUGGUCAUCGCUUCUCUGUUCUCUGUUUAGAAGCCAUAGACGGAUUGGUGCUCAGUGGUUCGGAGGACACGACAGUGAGAGUGUGGAAGAGAGAGGAAGGGACUAGCUUUCAUGCAUGUCUGGCUGUGUUGGAUGGUCAUCGUGGGCCGGUCAAAUGCCUGGCUGCGUGCUUGGAGAUGGAUACGCUGGCAAUGGGCUUCCUGGUCCAUACUGCAAGCUUGGAUGGAACAUUUAAGAUAUGGAGGGUAAAGGUUUUUUCAAGCGAAACGAAGCUGACGAUGAAAUUGGAUGACGCAGACACGAAUGAUCAGAAGAAGAAAAGAGCGGAGUAUGAGAUAUGUCCGGUGUUGUCGCCAGCAUGGGUUGAGAAGAAACGUCAAGGGUAA